CGCCCGGUGGCGGUGGCGGCUGCGGCGGCUUCCCUGGUCCGAGCGCAGGGAGGAGAAGAUGACUGACCGACCGACUGAAUGACUGAAUGAAUGAAUGGAGGAGCCGAGCGCGCCAUGAGGAGCCUGCCGAGCCUGGGCGCCGUCGCCCUGUUGUGCUGCGCCGUCGCCGCCGCCGCCGCCGCCGCCGCCUCGACAACCUCGGAGGGGAAUGUCACCGGUGGCGGCGGGGCCGCGGGGCAGGUGGACGCGUCGCCGGGCCCGGGGCUAGGGGGCGAGCCCAGUCGCCCUUUCUCUAAGGCGACGCCUCCCACGGCCCAGGCCCCGCGGACCGGAGCGCCGCGCACUACUGUCCACCGGCCCCUGGCUGCGUCCUCCUCAGCCCAGUCCCCGGAGACCACCCCUCCCCGGGCGACGGCCGGACCCGCCGCGACCACCUUCCAAUAUGUUUGUAACUGCUCUGUGGUGGGAAGUCUGGAUGUGAAUCGCUGCAACCAGACCACAGGGCAGUGUGAGUGCCAGCCACAUUAUCAAGGGCUUCACUGUGACAUCUGCAGGGAGGGCUUUUACCUGAAUCACACGUCUGGGCUCUGUCUGCCAUGUGACUGUAGUCCAUACGGAGCCCUCAGCAUGCUCUGCAGCAGUUCUGGGAAAUGCCAGUGCAAAGCGGGCGUCACCGGCUCUACAUGUGACCGAUGCCAAGAUGGAUAUUAUGACUUUAGUAGGAGUGGCUGCUUGCCCUGCCAGUGUAAUAAUCGGUCUGCCACUUGUGAUGCCCUCACAGGUGCUUGUUUAAACUGCCAGGGAAAUAGCAAAGGGGAUCACUGUGAAGAAUGCAGAGAAGGAUUUUAUCAGAGUCCUGACGCCACAAAAGAAUGUCUUCGCUGCCCUUGUUCAGCAGUGACCUCUACGGGCAGCUGUAUCAUAAAACUGGGUGACUUGGAGCCUACGUGUGUCCAGUGCAAAGACGGAUACACAGGCCGGAACUGCAACACCUGUGAAAACGGCUAUUACAAUUCUGACAGCAUCUGUACCAAGUGCCAAUGUCAUGGCCACGUGGACCCAAUUAAAACUCCAAAGGUUUGCAAGCCCGAGAGUGGUGAAUGCAUCAGCUGCCUCCAUAACACCACUGGGUUUUGGUGUGAGAACUGUCUGGAAGGCUAUGUCAGAGACCUCGAGGGAAAUUGCGUCAAGAAAGAAGUUAUUGUUCCAACACCUGAAGGUUCUACCAUUUUGGUUUCCAAUGCCUCUUUGACCACAUCAGUGCCCACCCCUGUUAUAAAUAGUACAUUUACCCCCACAACCCUGCAGACUAUCUUUUCCGUAAGCUCUGCUGAAAACAGCACGUCAGCUUUAGCUGAUGUUUCAUGGACCCAGUUUAACAUCAUCAUUUUGACAGUCAUCAUCAUUGUGGUGGUGCUGCUGAUGGGAUUUGUGGGGGCCGUCUAUAUGUACCGGGAGUACCAGAACCGGAAACUCAAUGCCCCCUUUUGGACCAUCGAGCUCAAAGAAGACAAUAUCAGUUUCAGCAGCUACCACGACAGCAUUCCCAAUGCAGAUGUGUCAGGACUGUUGGAAGAUGAUGGCAAUGAAGUGGCUCCCAACGGGCAGCUGACCCUGACGACACCCAUACAUAACUACAAAGCCUGAGGAGCUAGAACUGUCACCCUGGAUCGGUAGAGCACAGGGCUUACUAAGACAGCAUCGGCUCCUGGGCCACAUAAGGCCUGGGCAGAGUUUGCUGAGAAAGCAGAGGCGUAUAGUGCAUCUGGAAGUUUCAGGUACAAAUGUGUAAUGCACUUGGCCUAUUACUCUUAGUUUCCCCAUGAAGCUCCGAAGCAGUCACUGUCAAUAAGGACUUGUAGUAAAGUAUAUUUUUGUACCCAACGACAUGGGAGUAUAGAAAGGCCGAACCCCACAGUGCAGCCCACAUCUACUUUGACCUCCGAAUAGACUCCUGGGGAAGUGCUCACCAAACCAGCGGAAACACGGUGAUGGAAGUGGAGGGGGAGGACUCCAGGAAGACCUCAUCUCCAUUCCCGAAACACCUUUUUUAAAAGGAAGGUCAGGGAUGAUAGUCCUUUUACUGUGCUAGAAGACAUCACUGCAGAAAAGCUUAAUGUCUGGGCCGUCUCACAAUAAACAAUCCCGAUUGUUUCCAGAAUAGGGGCGGAAAAGUCUCAAGAGGAUCUUUAGAAAAGCUUGAUUUUUCCUUCCCAAAUUCUUGCUCAAUGAUAGGAUCCAAGCACGGGAUAAGCUUCUAAUGGUAGAAACAGGAAACAGGAAGGUGACAUCUGGUAGCAGGAAGCUGAUGGUCCUCCUUAGGGUCUCAGUGUAGAUGAUGAAUUGUCUAAAAAUAAGGACUGCUCCUGCCUCUAGAGAAGUAAGGUGUAUAUAGUGAAUGUAGCAUAUCUGGUCAACAUUGUUAUUUGUAUCUAUUUGUAAAAAAAAA